GUUUGAGGAUGAUGCAUCGGCCCCAGUACAUAUUUUAUUUAUAACACCACGCAAUAAACAAACCCCUGCUGAGCUUCGUUUGCAGUGAGUUAUCUGGUUCUAAAUUCUUUUGUUUGAAUUUCUAAUUAGCCUUAACCUUUGACCUCAGAUAAGAGCGGGGAGUUUGGUAAAGUUCCGUGUGUGGUCAGUGCAUGUGUGUGACUCUGCUGCGCCAGUUUUUUCGAGGAUGAGUCACACAUAAAACAAACUGAAAUAUUUUAUUCAAGCAUUGUCUAAAGAAAAGAACAUUUGUUUAUUUACUGCCUUAUUUGCAUGUCAAUCCCACACAUUCGUCACGACGCAGCAGCAGCAGUAGGGAGUGACUAAUAAUAAUGAUAGUAAUUCGCCAAAUUAACAUUCACACCAAGCAAUAGAGACAACUAGGAGGCUGGAGUUCUGUAAUUGCUGCUGCUGUUGUUUCUGGAUUCGUCAUCAUAUCAUCUCCAGAAAUAAGAGAGAACAAAUACAAUGACGAGGAGAAGAACGGCCAGUUGUGUUGUAGGGUUUAAUUAUGGUGAAGCAUUUGGCGGAACUGUUGUUAUAUACGUCAAGUGCCAAUUAAAAUUGACCUGAAACAACUGGCGAGCGGACAAGUGACAAGGGAGGCGGAUUUAGUUGGAGAAUUAGUUACAAAAUUUAUUUUGUAUUGGAUGCUACUACUUGCUUUUGACUGGGUGAACAGUCUUUUCUUAAAUUGGUUUCAAAUAUAACCAAUCAAUGAGGCCUAGUUUGAACUUGCAGUUUAAUUCACAUUUUGCAAUUGUGGUGGACAAUAUUCUAGUAGAGUAUUCUUUCAGAAAUUUCUGAAUACACAAUUCAUUCAAUACAAAAGGCUGAGCACGUGCCUACAAUUAAAAAAAUCGUCCUCUUGUACUUCAACAAAAUUAUUGUACUUAUCAAGACUGAAACCUGAAAAAAAAGAAUCUCGUUUUGUAAAAACCUUAAAUACUGAGAUUACAAUUCUGCUCAAUUGUCCUACAAAUUACUACCACAGCUGUUUUCCGUAAAGUAUAAUAAUCAAAAGUGUUCAAGCAAGUGCAAUAGUAUUCAUGGUCAUGCUAUGCAAAACAAAUAAUUCUCAAGAAGGAUCCAGGAAAAUGGCAUCAACAAAUUUGUCUUUAUUAAACGAAACUUCGUCCAAUGGGGACUGUCAUAAAAAUGGACGACAAAGUGGUGUCGUUAUCUUCCCAUUUCAAAACUACAAGAACAACGAUCCAUAUUUGGCUCAUCAUUUUCUCCAAUUAGAUUUGGGAGAGAUUGUGGUCAUCACGGGAGAACCAUCACCUGGAUGGUUUUUUGGAUGGAGAAAGUUUUGUCCCGAGACGCGUGGACUCUUUCCUGGGUCACACAUUGCUCAACCCAAGCGAGAGUUCACAGACCUGCUUGAGAAGAUUGGGGAAGUUUGUCGUGAGUGGGGCGAGAUUCGGAAAAAGCUCUUUGUCGAUGUCCACCUCUACCAAUUUGAGCAUAUUGGUCGCGGAAUUUUUGAACUAAUUGAUGGCAGAAGGACACUCCUCAACCAAUCCUUGACACAGGAUCAGUAUCGUGAACUUACAAGAAAACUUUGCAGUCGGAUUGAUUGGGGAAACAGAAAAUUAGGAUUAGACCUCGUCCCCUGGAAUUGGCUGUUAGACGAUGGCGAAGAAUCAAAUAAAGUAUUUUCCUACAGUUUGGAUGGACAAUCUAAGCCAAUACAAAGUGAGAAAGAGAGCUCUCUACGAAUCCUGCCAGAAUGCAACAAGGAUGCUGGGAAGCUGUUUAAACUGCAUCAAAAAUCUGUUGAAUCUGCAGCAACUCGUGGUAGCUCGACCUUGAGUCGUCCUAAGAACAAAAAGGAACAAAAGAAUGAUUUGUACGUGUCCCUUCGAGAUUUUUCAUACACUUUUACAGAUGACUGUGAAAUUUCCUUUAGUCUUUUCGAUGGAAAGAGGUUCAUCUCAGAACGACACAUAGUUCACCAAAAACAUACACAAGUUCCCCAAUCCAAUUUUCACAUUGGGGAUGAUCGUCCGACCAUCUUCAAAGAAGUCAACGUCUCAAAUAAACGUGAUCUCUAUUUGGUCGUACAGAUAGUUCGUAUUGGGAGGAUGUUUUAUACGGAGAGUGCGGCCAAGAAAUUGUCUUCUGCAAAACGGCGAUUCCGUAGACCUUAUGCCUGUGGAGUGUUAAGUCUGAAUGAUGUAGAGACUCAGAACGAAGACGAGUUGGAAUUUACAACGGGCUGUUGCGAGCAAGGAAUCAAAUUAUACAAUGCUGACGAAAAGGAUUUUUGGCAAGUUCACGAGCUCAUAGUGUCCCAAAACUAUAGGAACAUUGUGAGCAAAAUCAUACCAGUUUUGAACUCGUUCAGCGUCUCGAUCUUCUGGUGUGGUACCAACGCCUUCAACACGGCGAGCAAUAAGAACAGCAAUAUUACUAAAACCAAGUUGAUUGGUUUCAACAACAUAAUUGCACCACCAGGAAUAGUGAGAAAUGAUCUUUACUUGACCCUCUCCUCCGUAGAACUAUUGGACAAGAAACAAAAUAAGACGGGCGGAGCCAAGAGCUGUAAUCUGGAAGUUGAGAUCCAGGUGAUUGAUGACGAUGACGAUUUACUUUCUGUCGAAGGAAAUUGUUGGAAGUCGCUGAUUCUCCAUCACGUCAACUCUCCUAAAUUUAAUGAAACGAUCAAAUUUUCAAUUCCAAUCGAGAUAUUUCCCAAAGCGAAAGUGCGUUGCAUCUUUCGACAUUGCUCUACCAAAGAUAAAACAGACAAGAAAAUGUUUGGGAUCACAUGGAUGAGUCUGAUGGACUUUUCGGGAACCACUGUGCGCGAUGGUCAGCAUCAGAUUCAGCUGUAUAAGUGGACUGAUGAGCAGUCCCUGCCAGUUCAAACUUCUUCUCUAAAUCUGUCAAAAGAUUCGGCUAAUCUUAACACGCUUAUGGUGUCCACCAAAUUUACUCAAAAUAUUGAUUUGGUCAACCUACUCAAAUGGAAGCAAACAUCCAACUUGAAGCCUUCUCUUCAAAAUCUCAUACAAAGCCAUGAAGCAACAGAGGAAAUUGUUCGCAAGUUUCUACAGGACGUGCUUGACGCCCUCUUCACAAUAUUUAGUGAUGAAGAUGGUAACAGCACAGAGUACUCUGGUGACGUAUUUACCUUGUUGGUGAAUAUCUUUCAACUCCUCCGCAACUCAAAUUAUGCCGCAUAUAAAACUGUUCUGCAUGCAUAUUGUGCUGAGCAUUUUGCAGCGGCGUUAGUGUACAAAGGUCUCCUCCUCUCACUUCGACACUACACCACCGUUCUGCUCAACUCAGUCACAGAAGAUAUUACUCAACUCAUUCAAAACUGCUACAACUCGUUGCAGUUUAUUUUCAAGUUUGUGGUCCAGUCUCAAAUUUUAUUUGCAAAAGCCACAGGCGGUCACCUAGAGGAUAGUUUCAGACGUGAUGUUCAAGCGCUAAUUGACUCAUUCUGUCACGUUUGCUCGAAAGGAAGUUCUGAUUGUUCUCCAGUGUUUGUUGAAACGCAGUCAAUCCUUCUCCACAAUUUCCAUUCAGUGUAUGAAGAAUUGUUGUUGGUGAUGCCACUGAUGGAUGUAUGUAAGCUGGUGUGCCAGAUAUUUAGCUCGAUUCCAGUCAAAGAGACGGCAGCUCAUCCACUUUCCCCGGCCAAACUGUCUGCAAUACAUCAAGUAAUCAAGAGUCCUUUGUUUCGACACUCGUCCUGCCGUGCCCUACUACUCCCCGUGUUCUGCAAGCAUAUUCGACAUCACCUCGCCCACAGGGAAGAACUCAAACUUUGUACCGACGUUCUUUCCGAAAUCCUCAUUUAUUUACACGACAUUCGUCACGUUAAAGAGGAAAAGGCUCACGCCGAUAUUGAAGUUGUUUGCACGACAACUCUUGAAAUGCUAGUCCAGUCAGUUCUAGUUCUUGAGAGGACGAGCUCAAUUGUAGGAAAUCUAGUGACUUGCCUCAUCUCACUUUUGGAGCAAAUGGAUCACUGUCACUACAACCGACUCUGGGACGAGUUUCAUGAACGAAAACCCCUUAGAGACUUACUCCUCCGUGUGUUCCUUUUGUUUAGAGAUCUAAUCAAGCAUGAAGUAUUUCCUGCCGACUGGGCAUUCAUGAAGUUAUUAACAAAUCACGUUAUGCUGGCUUCCCUUCAAGAGUUUUGUCAACCUUUAGUCACAGAUUUCCUCAAAUUCUUUGACGUGCAGUUAUGGACGCAAUAUUUUACUCUUGCCGUCACUUUCAUCUCACAACCAGGACUCCAGUUGGAGACGUUUAGAGAGUGGAAGAAGGAGUGGAUUCUAGAAAAGUAUGGAGAUAUGCGGCUCUCGAUGGGUUAUCAAAUGUUACAAUUGUGGACGAAUCAUUUAGGAGAUGUAGAGAAGCGACAUUUUAUUCCCUCAAUGAUAGGGCCAUUUCUUGAAGUUACGAUGAUUCCUCAAGCCGAAUUGAGACUAGUUACUCUUCAGACAUUUUUCUAUGACAUGAUGCAAACCGAAUUUAGACUCAACGGGGACAUCAAAGAGACAGAGUCGGAAUUAAUUGACAAGCUGGAUUUGCUUGUAAACUCGGAACAAGAGCGACAGUACGGGGACGAAGAGUAUCGGCUGAAAUUCCAUGAAAUUCAUAUACAACGUCUGGAUUCAGAGUCUAAAUCUCAAAGAAUGGGAAAUACUUGGCCUACUAUUUGCGCCUCAUCGAUUGACUCACUAUCCAACUUGCAACAACUACUUCUCGACUACAGAGAAAUUGCAAAAGAUUCAAUUGAAGAAAAUCGGGACAAGCUCAUGCAAUGUACCGUCAACUUGCUCAAUUUUUAUAGAGAAGAACAAAGAUUGGAACAAUACUUGCGGUACGUCUAUAAACUCCACGAUUUGCAUCUGAGCGCCGAAAAUUACACCGAAGCUGGAUUCUCUCUGCUCCUCCAUGGUCAACUUCUUCACUGGGAUAGGGAAAAAAUGCUUCCAGAAACCUGCGAGGCUGGUGGAAUGCAAUUCCCUCGACAGCGAGAAGCGGAUAGGAAGGAGUUUAUAUAUCAACGUGUUCUCAAAUAUUUUGAUCAAGGAAAAGUCUGGGAGAAAGGCAUCACGUUGUGCAAAGAGUUGGCGGAUCAGUACGAAAAGCGAUACGAAUAUACAAGUCUGAGCAGAAUUCUUCAAAUGCAAGCCACAUUUUAUGAAAACAUUCUCAAUCAACACCGACCUGAACCAGAAUACUUUCGAGUUGCCUUCCUCGGCCAAAGCUUCCCCCUCUUUGUUCGAAACAAGGAAUUCAUUUACAGGGGUCACGAGUAUGAGCGACUCGCUGCUUUCAUUCAAAGGAUUGCAGAGGAAUGGCCGAAUGCUCAACUUAUGCAAAAGAACGCUCCACCAGAUCAAAAAAUUGUCGAUGGAACAGCACAAUACUUACAAAUAUGUAACGUAAAACCUCGAUCGGGUGGUGUUCUUGGUAAAACUGAGGGUCAUAAAAUUCCAGAAAAAAUCAGAGCGUUCUACUUGGUAAAUGAUGUGAGUGGGUUCCAGUAUGAUCGGAGAAUUGAGAAGGAAGGAGCAGGAGUUGUGGACGACAAUGAAUUCAAAUCCAUGUGGAUUGAGAGAACCACGCUCAGAACAGCGGUACAAUUUCCUGCCACAUUGAAAUGGGCUGAAAUUGUGGAUAAAACGACUGUUGAGUUGAGCCCGGUGGAGUUUGCUGGAGAGAAGAUGGAGGAAGCAAAUGUACAAUUGCAAACACUAAUUAGUCAAUACUCUUUGGACGAGGGGAGUGAAUUCAAAAACGUGAACCCACUGAGCAUGAGGUUACAAGGAAUGCUAGAUGCCGCAGUAAUGGGUGGCAUUCCUAAGUAUACGGAGGCCUUUUUCAAUGAAGACUUUCUCAAAAAUGAGGACGACUCUGCUUCCCACUAUGUUCUCAAACUUGUCAGUCUUCUGCAAGAUCAGGUCAAAUUGCUGGAAGAGGGACUAGAAAUUCAUGGGCGCCUCGUCCCUCCUGGAGUUCAACCUCUGCACAAGCGACUAUUGGAAUGCCACGGUCAGAUGAAAACUAGUGUAACAGACACUGAACUUAUGGUCCAUUCCACUCUCGCGUCUCUCAAUAAUGCCACCCUGAGAAGAUCCGAUAGUGGAGUUAAUAUUGUUCGAGAGUCAUUUCGUAAGCUGGGAGGAGGCAAAAGUAUUAUCAAUAGCCCACUUCCACCAGUUCCAAAAUAUUGUCCCAACGCUAAACUGGAGAAAACGUCCAUGAUGUUGGGCGGCAGUGCGUCUAACUCGAACAGGUCUUCAAUCUCCUCUUCGGGUGGAUAUGGUCAAAUCAUUUUACGGAUGGGAUCAUCCGCUCGUGACCACUUUGAUGAUGAUGAUGAUGAUGAUGUGUAUAGUCAACCUGCGGAGGCUGGCGGUGUUGGUAGUAGUGAUCAAAACGGAGCAUUCGCCACCAAUGGGCGACCUACAACAACGCCAAACUCAACUGGGUACUCAAAACCGCCGCUAAUACCUACUCGUCUCAAGAAGGGGAUGAGCCUCGGAUCAUCGCCAGGAACUGGUGCCAGUGGCAAUGUCAUUGUGGACACUGAGUACAUUGUGAUGCCACCUUCUCGUCUCAGGGAAAUGGUGGAUACUCAGAACAAUCAUGUAAUGCUAACCACUUCGGUCACAUCACCGCCCACAAUCCCUCCAAAACCAUCGUCUGGAGUCAAUGGCGCUCGAUUGAGCAACGGAGAAAGCACCACCAGCUCCUCACCACCGCCACCCCUCCUGCCCAGAAAACCUGCCACCGCGACAGUGGCUUCAUCACAUGCUCCAGUAUCCAAAACUUCUUCGACUACCUCAAUCAAUUCUGGAUCUGCCGAGUUCCUGCCCAAUAGUAAGCCCGGCUCACCCCCACCACCACCCGUGCCACCCAAACCAAAGUCAAACGCAAAUGAAGAUAAUAUGGCCGGGGAUGGAACGUACAUGAACAAAGAUGAGCUGAAGGUGGAGAUGGAUUUACUCAAUCGAAACAAAUCUCCUACCCACGCCACCAUAGAAAAUAAUACUCUGAGCAGAAAAUCUGGACACAAAGAAUACUUUGUCCCACCAGGGGCCAAAGACAUUCCGACUACUCCAAAUCCUAGAGAUAGUUCCGCUUCAAAUUAGUCAACUCAUAGUUCCAAUAGUAAAUCUGCUUACAUACAUGUGAACCUUCUCAUACUUACUGUACUAAUUUAUUACAUAGCCGUUAAUUAUUUAGCCGUCUGGAAAAUGCUCACAUAUGAACCAAAGCAACUUUUUAAGGUCUUACUGUUGGCUCAUUUCUGAAACAAGUUCGUCCUUCUCAUUAUGCACAAUAAUGAAAGCAAGAAUUUUUUACUCCAUGUGCAUAUGUACGUUCUUAUCGAUAGUCGUAGUGUCUUUAGUUACAGUUUAGUUUAUAUUUUGUAAAGGAAAAGUUAUUCAAAAUCGUCAUGGCCAAAACUCAGCCUACUUACAUCUACUUUUCUCAUGCCAAUAUCUACCUUAGUAAUUGUACGUAAGAAGUGAGUGACUUAUGCUGGUAUCGACUGCAUAAUGUAAUUAUGACUGUGUGUGCAUUGCCAUUUCUAAUUUAAUGUACAAAUGUUGGAUCUGUGGUAAUUUUUUACUUGGCGUUUGGACUUGUAGUUUGGAAACACAAACUAUGCGUAAAAACAUUUAUUAAGAAGAAGGUUCAAUCGUUCAGCAUGACGAUGUUUUUUCUAGUCUCAUCGGAACAAUAUUUGUAAUCGUGUCUGUUAUUUGUUUGUGGACUUCUCUACUUGAAUAAUAAAAUAAACCAAAGAUGUUUAUUA